UAGGCGUUCAAAAAUAAAAACACAUUAGAAAUGUAAACCCUUAGUUUAAAUCUGGCCUUGACCAAUAUUAAUAAAUCGUCUGCAAACUUGGUAUUUUUAAUUGAAAGCGUUUGUCUCCCCAUUAGUUGAAUUGUACUAUAUGAACUAGAUCUUUGUGGGACCUGGUUCGUUUACAAAGCAUAUGUAGUGUACAGCAACAUUUCGGCAUGUCGAAUACAGGCUCAUUACAAGAGCGUCUCGCCAAUGGCGGUACGUUGGUUGUUGCCGAGGGCAAUGUGUUUGAAUUUGAGAGACGCGGCUAUCUCCAGGCUGGCGCCUUCGUCCCUGAGGUGGUCAUUGAACGUCCAGACCUGGUCAAGCUGAUGCACGAAGAGUUUGUUCAUGCUGGGAGUGAUGUCGUUCUUGCUUUCACGUAUUAUGGGCACAGAGAAAAACUUCGUUUGAUUGGUGAAGAAAGCGAACUGGAAUGUAUGAAUAAACGAGCGCUGUCUAUUGUCAAAGAGGUGGCCAAAUCAACGGGGACUUUAUUUGCUGGAAACAUUUGCAAUUCCACCAUAUAUCGCAAGGACGACCCUGAAAGUCAAAAACAAUUGGAAGCGAUGUUUAAGGAGCAAAUAGAAUGGGCAGUUAAUGCUGGUAUAGAUUACAUCCUUGGUGAGACAUUUAGUGAACUCGGGGAAGCGAUGCUGGCGCUACACUGUAUCAAAAAAUAUGGAAAAGGUGUCCCUGCUGUCAUUACUAUGGCUGCCGCUGGUCAAGAGUUGACAUUUGACAAGGUUCUAUUCGAGGACGCUUGCAAACAGCUGGAAGAUUCAGGGGCGGCCGUUGUUGGGCUCAACUGUGGUCGUGGGCCUGCGACACUAUUGCCUUUAAUGAGAAAAAUUAGACUUGCGUGCAAGGGACCCAUAGCUUGUCUUCCAGUACCUUAGCAAACAUCUGAACAAUAUCCCACGAUGCAAUCUCUUGUUGAUAAGGAAACAGGUAAUCAAGCUUUUCCUUAUGACCUACCUGGGCACACCUGUACCAGAAGUCAAAUAGAAGGGUUUGCCAAGACUUGCAAAGAACUCGGUGUCAACUACGUGGGUCUGUGUUGUGGGAAUGCUUCUCAUUAUAUCCGUAUAGUAGCAGAGGUCUACGGUAGAAAGCCCCCGGCCAGUCGUUACUCGCCAGACAUGUCCAAGCAUUUUAUGUACGGGGAUAGAUCGAAAUUUAGCAAAUAUACGACUGAAGAUUAUGUGGCAUUUAAAAGGGCGAUUCAAUAGAUACGUUUUUUAAACGAAAUAUAUUUUUUUAAAUUUUAAAUAUGUCAAAUGUUAUAAAGCAUUUGUAUUUUUUUAAGGGAAAAAGUAGUUAAUUUUUUCGUCAAUGUUUCUAUGCCCGUUUAAAUCUGUCUUUAAAUCUGUCUGGAAGUCUGUCUGGAAGUCUGUCUGGAAGUCUGUCUGGAAGUCUUGUCUUUAAGUAACGUUGAAACAUCAAAGCAAAAAUUUAAAUUAAGACUUACGAUUAUCACAGUGGUCGCCAACCAGGACCGCCGCUACCUAUUGUGCAACGUGUGCAUUGCACGCAGGCGGCCGACUUUAGGGGGCGGCCAAAUCAUUAUUCCAAGGUUACUUUAUAAAAAAUUUAAUUUAAAAGUCAAUUUUAAAAACAUUUUCACUGGGGGGGGGGAGGUGUGUGCUAGUUCCUUUGAUAUGGAGGGGGGAGGGCGCAACGUCCUGACAAAAAGGGGUGUUAUAGAGUGUGGAAUUUUCCUAAGCGGCGGUAAGAAGAGGUUAAGCGAUUGAUUGGGGGUUAUGCAGUGACGAUGAUGAAAUUAACGUACAUAGUACAAAUGUGAGACGAUCUUAAGACAUGAAAGAGAAAAGACUUUAUUUUUGUUGUGAGCUAGAUUUUGUUUAAAUCUCAGUUUCUUUCAUUACUAUUAGAUCUAGAUCUCAUCUCAAGUUAAAUCGUAAAUACGAACAGUUCUAUUGAGUUUUGUUCACAAAGAAGUUUGUUCAAGUUAUUUAAAGUUUAUUUGUUAAAAAAUAUAAAAUGCCUUCAUCGGCUCAACUGUACUAGCUGUUUAGAGCUCUAAGCCAACAACCGACCAACAACAUGGGAUUAGGGGGUCGGCAAACAACAAAGGUUCAGACCCCCUGCCGACUUGAGCGGAAACCUGACGCAUUUUCAAUUCUAUCUCCUGGAAAAACUUUUUACAACUCUUUAAAAUUAUGUAGUUAACAAUUUCCGAACAAAACAACGUUUUAGAGCACUUUCAUGACGUCACUUUGGAUACAAAGUGUUAAAUUAAUAUAAAUGAAAAUAAACCUAAACAUUGUGACUAAGUUUCUUUUUUAUUUUAUUACAUUCUUUAAAAAAAAAACUCUCGGAUCUCACUGUGGAAGGUUUCAUCGCUCCUCUAGGCUCCAGCUUCUAAAGGGGGUUCGAACGAAAAUGUUGGUAUCUAGGGAGUCGCCACCCGGGAAUGUGAGAAACACUGCCAUAGUAUGUUUUAUUUCAUUGUAUAAGUGAUUUGUACUCACUUUGUUGGCCAAGACGUGUCACUGCAACAAAAAUAAAAUUUAAAAAAAUCGUCCACCUCCAUGAAGUUUGGAUAGUACCGCGUCCCGGGCUGGAUCUUGCCCGAGGGCUAUAGGUUAGGCAUCACUGUGUUAUCUCAAUUCUCGUCCUAGAAAUAAGAGCAAUAGCUACUUCUGGUCUUCUGAAAUCGUGCUUUCGAUAGGCCUGCAUCUUGUUGCCCAAAAAAAAACAGUCGUCAAAAAUGUUCAUUUCAGUUUUUUGGCUCUUCACUUUAAGUUUUUAAUAUCUAAUGCAACUUCUCAUUUGGGGAUUUUAACACUCAAAGUUAAUCACAGUAGUCUGCUCUUUUUUUAGGUCUAAACUUUGAUUUGUAAGAUCUAUUUUACGUUCUUUAUCUCUUUCUCUCCUAAUUGACGAUAUCAACGUUGAUUUGACCUCAUUAAAUUAAAUUAAUGUUUAAUUUUAUAGACUUAAUAAUGUUUUAUAUAGAAAGAGCUUGCAUUCCCCUUUAAACCUAUACCAAAUAAAACAUUUUCUAAUGACAAACGACAAAACUAU